AUGCCAGAGUUGUUGGUGACACUCAAGUUGCCAAUUGACAUUAAACGAACGUUGCAACUGCUUUUUGAUGCACAUAAUGCCAGUUUCCCUAACUCAAUUAUGUCUAUGAAUAAUCACAACCUUAACACUACCUCUCUCCCUAUCACUUGUAUGAUAUGGAACACACAAGGUACUGGAAGUCGAGAAUUCAUCAAUGUAUUGAAAGAAAUUGUUAGAGUGAAUAAACCAUGUGUCCUUGCUCUUGUUGAGACACAUAUGGGAGGCGAUCAUGCUCAAAAAAUAGCUUCUAUUCUCAAUUACAAUGGCCACACGAGAGUGGAUGCUCAAGGAUAUAGCGGAGGCAUUUGGAUUUACUGGAAGCCGGAAUUGGUGAAAUUCCGUGGUACUUUCACUGCUAUCUACGCUAGUCCUGACCCUUCAAAGAGGAGUGAAUUAUGGUAUGAAUUUAGGAAAUUUGCUGAUAAUAACAACCAGCCUUGGCUACUUGCUGGUGAUUUUAAUGAGACAAGAUACUCUUGGGAAAGAAAUUCAAGCUGCCCUGAAACCUCCAGAAGGAGUGAAAGAUUUAAUGCGUGGGUUGAUGACACCCAACUCCUCGAACUAGAAUUCUCGGGCCCUUCUCACACUUGGGCUAGGGGAAAUUCAUAUGAUACAUAUCAAAGUGCAAGGCUUGACAGGGCUUUGUGUAACUCAGAAUGGGGUUUACGGUUUGAUCUGGCAAGAGUAAAACAUUUUGCCAGCGCUGCAAUCAGACCAUACCCUCUAUUCAUAUCUCCCAAUGGUUUCUCCCCUCUCUCGAAUAUUAGCAAGCCUUUCGCUUUCAAGCAGCAUGGCUGA